AGCCGGCAUUUUUUUGUGUGGGCUCGCGAAGGCCCAGGGGCAGCCCGGAGGGCAGCCUGUUCCCGCCGCCAUGUGCAUUCACUCCUUCGUUCGCGGGCUUCCUUCCGAUGCGGACUGGGCGGCCGCGAAGGACGUCCAGGGUGCUCCGGGGCGCCGCGGGCAGAGGCGCCGCGGGCGUGCUCCCGCGGCGCGGGCCUCCGCGGGCGGCCCGGAGCGGCCCGCGGCGAGGAGGUGGGCAGGCGGCUCACGGAGGAGUACGAGGUUGGGGACAUGCUCGGGGAGGGCGCGUACGGCGUGGUGUACGCGGCGCGUCACAGAGAGGCUGGCACGACGGUCGCGGUGAAGCUGGUCGACAAGGUGGAGACGCCGAUCGACCAGAUCAAGAGGGAGGCUGAGCUCAUGCAGGCCGUGCAGCACCACGAGUGCAUCGUGAGGUUCCACGGGGUCUUCUUCGAGCAGUGCUUCGCGUGCAUCGUGAUGGACAAGUAUUCGGGGGGUGCCCUCAUCGAUGGACUGCACCGUCACAUGAGGAGGAAAGGCAACCUCGAGUGCUUCUCGGUGGUGCACAUUAGCUUGCAGAUGGCAACAGCCCUUUGCUACAUUCACGGGAGGAACAUCGCCCACAGGGACGUCAAGGGUGACAAUUUCCUCAUGGACAGGAAAGAUAUAGCCGAUCCCGAGUGCCGCAUCGCGCUCACGGAUUUUGGCUCCUCGACGUACGUGCGGCCAGGUGAGAGGUUUAGCGACGAGGUUGGCACCAGGAGGUUCUGGGCGCCGGAGAUCCUCAGGGGGGACUACGGCCAGAAGGUGGAUGUUUGGGCAAUGGGCGUCACGAUGUACGGCCUCUUGAAGGGCUCCUUUCCCUUCAGGGACGACGAGGAGACCCGCACGAAGAACUGGGAGCUCAACUUCCCCAAGGUCGACCCCACCUGCAGGGACUUCCUGAGGGCCAUGCUCGCCAGGGACGAGGGCGCCCGCGCAUCCUCCGACGAGGUCAUGGCCCACAGGUGGCUCGACGGCGGCCGAGGCGCCGGGGCCCGGCGGGCGCUCUGGCCGCCUCCCCCUCCCUGCCCGGGCGGCCUGCCUCCCGGCGCGCCUGGGAGAAGUGGUCCAGGAUCGCGGCGCGGUCGCGGUGGGUCGGCGAGACGCUGCAGGUCGAGGUGUGGGGCGAGGAGCAGGAGGAAGCCCCUGAAGAUAUUGACGACAAGUCCUCCCCGCUGGCAGCGAGCCGCAGCCGAACGCCACGCGGCAGUCGCCCACAGGCUGUGGGCGCGUUUGCGGUGUAGCUGGCCGCGGCUGUUCCUCCACCUGAGCAGCCGUGUUCGGUUGCGUUGGUGGGUCGAUGUUUUUUGGUCGCCUGCUUCACCUCUGGAAAGCGGCGGGCUCCGUCUCUCCCGAACAAUCGGUAGGAGGCUGGGCGCCGGGCGUGCAGUGGGGCCCAUGCCAAGAAACACUUUCUGGCAUCAAGUCCCAUCGAAAUAUCUCCAGGCAGUCGUUCGUCGCCUGCACGAGGUGUUUGGUUUUUGUCCUUUUGUGUUCUUGUGCACUUCCAGAGAGCGUUGCAGCUGCUGUCGCUACGGGCGCGCAGCUCCGUCUCGAUAGAGGCCUCGAGCGGUGUCCCAGCUCAGCACCACGCAGCAGUCGUGGAUUUUUUGGGGCCUCGAUUCGCCAACGUCGUGCACACGAUUGUUCUCGUUCGGCAUGGCCAGAGAGCGUUGCAGCUGUCGGCACGAGUGCCGCAGCUCCGUCUCAGUCAUGGCCUCGCGUGAUGUCCCAGACGACCACCACGCAGCAGCGGCUGUGGGGGAGGUCUUGGUUCGUCACUUCGUUUGCUUCGAGUGCUUUUUCGUACACUGCCAGGGAGCGUUGCAGCUGUCGCCAUGAGUGCGCAGCUCCGUCUCAAACACCGUCUCGUGCGGUGCCCUUCACAUUAGGUGCUUGGGUGCCAUCAUGCCAUGCAGGCGACAUCCGCCAGUUUUUGCCUCUUGCCAACGGCCGUCAGAUUGCCAGAUGGGCCAGGUGACAGUCCGAACUCGGCUCUUCCAGCUGCUGGCCACAAGCUGCUGGACAUGCUUGCAGUUGGACUAGCUGCGGCUGAUCCUUCACGUGUGAUCAGGGGGACGGGAGGGGGAGGUCGGAGAGGAGUGGUCUGGUGUGUCCUGCGGCAUUUGAGCAUGCGCCAUGUGUUUGAUUGGUUUUUAUAGCUAGUGAUGGCGAAGCAUGCAGGUCGUCUUCGAUUGUGUUGGCAGUCGCUGCGUUGUGGCUGCCUGUUCUCACUCCCGGGGAGCGGCUGGCUCCUCCUCCUUUCUGCCACGUGCAUACGGCGAGGAGCCGAUGGGAGGUUUCGUGGCGUCGCUCGAAGGUUUGAGGACACAGGGGCACCGACAACUAACAACAUGUGAAAGGACGCGUUGAAUAACACCAUGGUUUCCCUUGCAUUGCACAAGACACGUUGCGUUAAUUCGUCUCGCUGGACCUGAUCCAGACACAGGCGCUGCGCAUGGUUUGGUGGAUUCAUGCCUGGAUAGCAAAGGCGUCUUGCCAGGGGCUCGCCCCAGAAAUGGAAU